AUGGAUGACGCAGACAGCGCAGAAACAGUCAGCAGCAGUCGUGCUGGAUCUGCAAACAGUGGCAGAGGAUCCUCUUCCCCUACCCUCAACAGUCAUCACUUGUACAGCAACAACUCGAACAAUAACAACAAUAACCCUUCUCCGACGCCCCUGCAUUCACCUCUGGCGUCAAAACCGCGAUUGUCUUUCAGUAUCUCUAGACUUUUGGGAGAUGAAAAAAAGAGGAACAGCAUACCUUCACCGCUCUCGGAAGGCUAUGAAGAUGGCCCCGAAGAGCAAGGACAUAUUGCUAGCAAUAGUCAUCACCAACAGCAAAUGGCUGCUAUGGACGCAAUGACUGCUGUGGCCAACUCUUGUGCUGCAGCAGUAGCUAACGGUUUGCCACCGUCGCUUCUUGCUGAAAUGAAAGCUUCUGUACCCGGCAUGGUGACUGCAUUCGACACCCUUCAUAGAGCACCGAAUGGAUCAGUGAUCAGAGUUCCAGCCCAUAGGCCAGCGCCUAUGCCCUAUGCUACAGCUGCUGGAUUUUCCUGGAUGGGACCUGCCGGGCCUACGUUAGUCAAAGACAGACUCCAUGUGCCUUUUUCUAUGCCACCAGGUCUCCCGCCGGUGCCACCUAGGAGGAUUGGACACCCCUAUCAAAACAGGACACCGCCAAAGAGAAAAAAACCCAGAACUUCUUUCACUCGAAUGCAAAUAUGUGAGCUUGAAAAACGAUUCCAUAAACAAAAAUAUCUUGCUUCCGCAGAGAGGGCUGCACUAGCAAAGCAGCUGAAAAUGACAGAUGCGCAGGUCAAAACGUGGUUCCAAAACCGGCGUACAAAGUGGAGGCGGCAAACAGCAGAGGAACGUGAAGCCGAGCGACAGGCCGCCAAUCGCCUGAUGAUGUCUCUCCAUGCCGAAGUGGUGAGCAAGUCAAUGUAUGAGCAAUCAAGGGACCCACUGUGCUUGAGCAAUGCAUCGUUGCACGCGCUUCAAAACCUCCAACCGUGGUCCGCGGAGAACUCUGCCGCGGCACACGCGGCUGCCGCUGCAGCUUCCGCUGCAUCGCAUCACCAACACUCGUCGGAGAGACCGCCGUAUCUACAACCGCCAACUUCGCUCACGGCGCCCAUUUGUUGA